AUGGGUUACAUUGAAAGUUUUUAUUGGAAGGGGUAUUUUCGCAGUGAAGAGGAUGCCCGGAAAAACGAUAUUUUCGACUUGAUCAAUGCUUCGAUCACUCUCGCCUCCAUCGAGGACGCAAAAGAGUUUCGCUCGAGAAGAAUGCAGAUUAUUGAGUCCCUUUUCGAUGCUGAUUCACAAGCCCCAGCAAAACCCAAGAAGAGAUCAAACAAGAUCGCAAGAACCACCCCAAGUCAGAAUCAAGAGAGGAUCGUCAUCCAUGGUUGCAAAGAUCAUGCAUGUAAGGAAGAAUCUACAGUCGAUGCUGAUUCACAAGCCCCAGCAAAACCCAAGAAGAGAUCAAACAAGAUUGCAAGAACCACCCCAAGUAAGAAUCAAGAGAGGAUCGUCAUCCAUGGUUGCAAAGAUCAUGCAUGUAAGGAAGAAUCUACAGAUGAGUGUUUCGAGGAAUCUGCUAAUCAUCUUGAAAGGGAACUUGAUGAACAUGCUCAACCGAUUGGAUUCUACAGCGUUAAUGAGCCAGACAAGAUAUCAGCGGAGGAAAGUUUCGAGGAAUUUGCUAAUCAACUUGAAAAGGAACUUGAUGAAGAUGCUCAACCUACGGAGGAAUGUUUGGAGGAAUUUGCCAAUCAACUUGAAAAGGAACUUGAUGAACAUGCUCAACCGGUUGGAUUCUACAACGUUAAUGAGCCAGACAAGAAAUCUGAGGAGGAAAGUUCAGAUGAAUUUGCUAAUCAACUUGAAAAGGAACUUGAUGAAGAUGCUCAACCGAUUGGAUUGCACAACGUUAAUGUGCCAGCCAAGAAACCAAACAAGAAAAGGAAGGCUGAGGUUUCUAAAAUAUGCAGAUCAGGAACAAAGUUUGAGGCAGACAAGAAAAGGAAGGCUGAGGUUUCUAAAAUAUGCAGAUCAGGAGCAAAGUUUGAGGCAGACAAGAAAAGGAGAGUUGUGGAAAACACGGAAAAAAGAGGCGUCCAAUCAUAUGAAUUCAAACUGGAUGCCUCGAAAAGAAGAUUUGAGGAAAACAAUCACCAAAUUGAGAAAGCCAAGAGAAGGGUGCAGGUUCCAUCGUCAAGGUUGGGUCGCGAUGGCAAGCCGAAGCAAGGAUUCGGGAGACGUGUGAAGAAGAUACAGAAGGCCAUGUGUUAG